AUGACCGAAGCGAAUAGCGACUCGGUGGGAGAGGAAGAUGUCUUCAAGAGGGCCCAGCCGUUGGCAGCCUCAGCACCAUCGGCUAUCAGCGCACGGCUGCAUGAACUUUAUGAUGAGAACAUCACAGCCAAGAUACUUCGUGCUGCGACUACAUGUCUAGAGCGUAAUUAUCCAAUUACCGAGUGCCCGGAGUAUGUGCUACAGUCGGGGCCCGAUGCCGGGAAAUACCAGCUUCGAGAGGCAGAUUUCUGGACAUGCGGCUUCUUCCCGGGUUCAAUUUACUCGCUUCUGGAGCGCUGGAUCAGAUAUCCUCAAAGCGCAGGCAAAGGCACCAACUCAUCGCUGAUCAUUCAAAAGCUUCACGAGUUGGGCGGCAUCUGGUCAGAGCCAAUCCAUCACAUGGGCUCGAGAACAGAUACUCAUGACAUGGGUUUCAUCAUCCAGCCAUCAAUGCGGCCGCGGUGGGAGGUCUUCCACGACGAAAAAGCUCUUUCCACCAUCCUUACCGCAGCAGACAGCCUGUACACUCGCUACAGCCCAAGAGUCGGUGCCAUUCGGUCCUGGGACCAACUGACGCAGAAGGGUGUGAAUAUCACUUCGAUGGAUCACGAUUUUCUCGUCAUCAUCGAUUCUAUGUGCAACCUGGAUCUUCUCUAUUAUGCUGCAGCCCAUACCGGUCGGGAUGAACUGUCCGUCGCCGCCACACGCCAUGCCCACAAACUCCUGCGUACCCAUCUUCGCCAUGAGACUGGUGUCUACUCUGAGCGAAAGGGUUUCUCCGGACCUUUGUUCAGCACGCUUCACGUUGCAAACUUUGAUCCCACCACCGGCAAGCUCAAGGAAGUUCGCACAGGGCAAGGAUACGCAAUGACCUCGACCUGGGCACGCGGGCAGGCAUGGGGGAUCCUUGGCUAUUCGCAGACAUUCCAAUGGACUGGAGAUGUAGAGUUCCUCACUGCAGCAUGUGGAUUAGCUGAGUACUUCUUGCUACGCUUGGAGAUGUCGCCUAGCUGUGUCGAGCGUACAGUUUCUGGCCCCUACGGGAAGAGCUGUGGACGAUAUGUUCCCCUCUGGGAUUUCGAUGCUCCCAUUAAUGAGGAGAAUCCUCUUCGCGACUCCUCUGCCGGGGUCAUUGCUGCCAAUGGCUUAUUGGUACUAGCACAGUGCCUCAUCUCACGCGGAGAUCAUGCACAAGGCCAGAGAUAUCUUGAUGCCGCUCUUUUGCUUGUCGAGGAUACGCUGGCCUUUUCUUUGGCCCAGGAGAAAGCGUCUAUCGUGGUCAGUGGAAGUAAGGUCUCAGUUGAAGACACCCGACCAAAUGAAACAUUCGACGCCAUCCUGAAAAAUGCCACGGCAAACUUCAAUGCAUCGGAUCAUCGUCGCUACUGGGAUCACGGACUAGUGUACGGAGAUUACUAUUUGAUUGAGUUUGGAAAUCGGCUGUUGAGGAUGGGACUGGUUUAG